GAUACUAAAUUUCAGUCUUUUAUCACACACACAAAAUGGUUCAGAGAUCACAAAUUGAAGCCUAUCAUUCGCUAAAGAAUAAAUCUGACAAUGAUAACUUAUUAUGUAUUAUUGAAUCGAUAAUUGGUGGUCUUAUGCUUGAACAACCUAAAGAACCUAUAAAAUAUAUUAAAAAACGUUUGAUUGAUACAAAACGCAUUAAAGAACAUGAUACUAUCAUACAUAAUGAAUUAUAUGCAUGGCCAUAUCAUCCAUUAUUGAGUUCAUAUAAAUCUUUGACUAAUAAUCAAGAACAUGAAUUUUUGAAACAUUGUUUUUAUUAUCGUAUUAAAUUUUUACAAGAUAAAAAUUUGUCACUUGAAAAUACUCGUGAAAAUGAAGAAUUCGAGAAUUCAUUAUUCUCAUUAACAGAACUUUAUUUAAAUUCAUAA